UUUCAGCCACACCCCCAUUUGUUAGAUGAACAUGUUUUCACAGACACACGGUCCCUCCUCUUCACGUAGAGAGAAUAACAACAACGUCCUGCAAUUACGAAACUUCCGCUUCUCAGUGCAGUCUUCAUCUUCUAGAGAGAGAAGAAUAAAUUUUAGAGAGAGAAAAAUUUGACAAAAAAGUUUUAUUCCUGCCCAUCGAUCCCCUUUCAUGCCCAAACCCUUAAACAGUUGUUUUAUUGAAAACCCAAAUCUCAAUUUGUCGAGUUUUGAUCUGGGUUUGCGUCCAAUUCAAAGAUUUUUGAUGAUCAUUGGUGGGUUUUAGUGGGGAUGGUGACAGGUGGAAAUCAUCAAGAAGGGGGUGGGGACAAGAACCCUCCGGCCCCUUCAAGGGGAGGAGCUACCAGGUCGUGGGGCACCACCCUUUCGGGCCAAUCGGUGUCGACCAGCGGCAGCGUCGGGUCUCCGUCGAGCCGGAGUGAGGCAGCUUUGGCGACGCCGGCCAGUGAGAACACUUUUCAUAGGCUAAACCAUCUAGAUAUUCACGGGGACGAUGCCGGGUCUCAAGGGGCUGUUGGUAAUAAUAGGAAGAAGAAAAGAGGUCAACGAGCGGUUGGAGGGGAUAAGAGCGGCAGGGGACUCCGUCAGUUUAGCAUGAAAGUUUGUGAGAAAGUGGAAAGCAAGGGAAGAACCACUUACAAUGAGGUUGCAGAUGAACUUGUUGCUGAAUUCGCAGACCCUACCAAUAAUGUUACAUCGCCAGACCAGCAACAAUAUGAUGAAAAAAACAUUCGGCGAAGGGUAUAUGACGCGCUGAAUGUUCUCAUGGCGAUGGAUAUAAUUUCAAAGGAUAAAAAAGAAAUUCAAUGGAAGGGUCUACCUAGAACUAGCUUGAAUGAUAUUGAAGAGCUAAAGACCGAGCGUCUUGGACUGAGAAAUAGGAUUGAAAAGAAAGCAGCCUACUUGCAAGAACUGGAGGAACAAUUCGUAGGUCUUCAGAACCUUAUACAACGGAAUGAGCAAUUAUAUAAUUCAGGAAAUUCUCCUGGUGGGGGUGUGGCUUUACCUUUCAUACUGGUGCAGACGCGCCCCCAUGCAACUGUUGAAGUAGAAAUAUCAGAAGAUAUGCAGCUGGUGCAUUUUGACUUCAAUAGCACCCCAUUUGAGCUACAUGACGACAACUAUGUUCUCAAGGCAAUGAAAUUUUGUGAUAAACCACAGGGUGAUGAAAUUGUACAAGCAUUCUCCACAAAUGGAGGUGAAAGCUCCAGCAUGCCCAGCAUGUUUGACUCUCAAAUACCUCUUCCUUCAAGGUCAAAUGUACCGGGUAGGCCACCCACUUCACCUCCUCUUCCUGGAAUACUGAAGGCACGCGUUAAGCACGAGCAUUAAUCUGGAUGUUCCAAGCCCCCUUGUCUAACCAUGGGCUAUAGUCUCAUCACAUCUGUAUACCGUGUAAAAUAUUUUCCCGGAAGUGUGUGGGCUCCUUUUGAUCUCCAUCUCAUCUCAAUAGAUUUUCCACCCAGUUGAAUGAGUGGAAGACAACGACGAAAACUUUCAGGGGAUCUGUUUCCGGCAUUCUCUCACAUAUCAAUGAUAAGUUAUUGUAAUUAUUGUCAUUUUUAUUCUGCUCUUUGGCCCCUGAUGUAGAACAAUUUAGUUUAAUUCUAUCAAACCAUAGAGGAUUGUUUCCUAGAGAAUCAUGAAAUUUAUUGACAAGAUCACAGUCUCAGUUUCAAUUGCAUUAUGCUUGGCAUCUUUGUCAUAA